GCCGCCGCCGGGCUGAGCGCGGCGCCAGUGCGGCGUGGGUGCUGUCGGAGUGGGGGGCCGCGAGUUCGAGUCCUGUCUCCGCCAGCCGCAACCGGGUGCUGCUGAGGGGCGAGGGGACGCGCGGCGGUGCUGCUCGUUUGUUUUUCCUCUCUUCUUCUCCCUCCGUGCGCGGAGGGACAGAGUUUGGCAGGAGUUUGGUUGGACUUCGCCCCGCUGCAGCCAUGCCCGUGUUCCACACGCGCACCAUCGAGAGCAUCCUGGAGCCGGUGGCCCAGCAGAUCUCCCACCUGGUCAUUAUGCACGAGGAAGGGGAGGUGGACGGCAAGGCCAUCCCAGACCUCACCGCCCCCGUCUCGGCCGUGCAGGCCGCUGUCAGCAACCUGGUGCGGGUUGGGAAAGAGACUGUGCAGACAACUGAAGACCAGAUCUUGAAGAGGGAUAUGCCACCAGCGUUUAUCAAAGUGGAGAAUGCCUGUACCAAACUUGUUCGGGCAGCCCAGAUGCUGCAAGCAGAUCCUUACUCGGUACCAGCUCGUGACUAUCUAAUUGAUGGAUCGAGGGGCAUCCUUUCUGGAACAUCAGACUUACUUCUGACAUUUGAUGAAGCAGAGGUCCGCAAAAUCAUUCGUGUCUGCAAGGGAAUAUUGGAAUAUCUGACUGUGGCAGAAGUCGUAGAGACUAUGGAGGACUUGGUGACAUACACAAAGAACCUGGGGCCAGGAAUGACAAAGAUGGCCAAAAUGAUUGACGAGAGACAACAGGAAUUAACUCAUCAGGAACAUAGGGUUAUGCUGGUAAACUCCAUGAAUACCGUGAAGGAGCUGUUGCCAGUACUUAUUUCAGCUAUGAAGAUUUUCGUAACCACAAAAAAUUCAAAAAGCCAGGGAAUAGAAGAGGCCUUGAAAAAUCGCAAUUUCACGGUAGAGAAAAUGAGUGCUGAGAUAAAUGAAAUAAUCCGUGUGUUACAACUCACUUCCUGGGAUGAAGAUGCCUGGGCAAGCAAGAAGGACACUGAAGCCAUGAAAAGAGCCUUAGCCUUAAUAGAUUCAAAGAUGAACCAGGCAAAAGGUUGGCUGAGAGAUCCAAAUGCGCCUCCAGGGGAUGCCGGGGAGCAAGCAAUAAGGCAGAUCCUUGAUGAAGCUGGAAAAGCUGGAGAGCUGUGUGCUGGCAAAGAACGCAGAGAGAUCCUGGGAACAUGCAAAACACUUGGCCAGAUGACUGAUCAGCUGGCUGACCUCAGAGCGAGAGGACAGGGCGCGACGCCCAUGGCCAUGCAGAAGGCACAGCAGGUCUCUCAAGGUCUGGAUUUGCUUACGGCAAAGGUGGAGAAUGCAGCCCGCAAGCUGGAGGCCAUGACAAACUCUAAGCAGGCAAUUGCAAAGAAGAUUGAUGCUGCUCAGAACUGGCUUGCAGACCCUAAUGGGGGCAGUGAAGGAGAAGAAUAUAUUCGAGGAAUUAUGGCUGAAGCCAGGAAAGUUGCGGAACUCUGUGAGGAGCCUAAAGAAAGAGAUGAUAUCCUUCGUUCCUUGGGGGAGAUUGCUCCUUUGGCAGCUAAGCUGUCAGAACUGCGGCGACAAGGGAAAGGCGACUCUCACGAAGCCCGUGCGCUGGCUAAGCAAAUAGCUACGUCGCUCCAGAACUUGCAGUCCAAAACGAACAGGGCUGUAGCCAACACCAGGCCAGUGAAAGCAGCCGUCCAUUUGGAGGGGAAGAUUGAGCAAGCGCAGAGGUGGAUCGACAAUCCUACUGUAGCUGACCGAGGAGUGGGCCAGGCAGCGAUUCGGGGUCUGGUUGCAGAAGGUCGUCGCUUAGCCAAUGUCAUGAUGGGACCGUACCGCCAGGACCUGCUCGCCAAGUGUGACCGCGUGGACCAGCUGGCUGCUCAGCUGGCUGACCUCGCAGCCAGAGGGGAGGGAGAGUCCCCGCAGGCCAGGGCGAUUGCUGCUCAGCUUCAGGACUCGUUGAAGGAUCUUAAAACGCGGAUGCAAGAGGCAAUGACCCAGGAGGUUUCAGACAUUUUUAGUGACACUACAACUCCUAUUAAGUUGUUAGCAGUAGCAGCCACUGCUCCUUCUGAUGCUCCCAACAGAGAUGAGGUGUUUGAUGAAAGAGCAGCCAACUUUGAAAACCACGCUGCUAGGCUGGGAGCUACAGCAGAAAAAGCAGCUGCAGUGGGAACGGCAAAUAAAACCACUGUGGAAGGCAUUCAGGCAACAGUGAAGUCCGCACGGGAACUCACCCCACAGGUGGUAUCAGCUGCUCGUAUUCUCCUGAGAAAUCCUGGAAAUCAAGCUGCUUAUGAACAUUUUGAGACCAUGAAAAACCAAUGGAUUGAUAAUGUGGAAAAAAUGACAGGGCUGGUAGAUGAAGCCAUCGAUACUAAAUCUCUGCUGGAUGCAUCAGAAGAGGCUAUUAAGAAAGAUCUCGAUAAGUGUAAAGUUGCAAUGGCCAAUAUGCAACCUCAGAUGCUGGUCGCUGGUGCCACCAGCAUUGCGAGACGAGCAAACCGCAUCCUGCUGGUAGCGAAACGGGAGGUUGAAAACUCAGAAGAUCCUAAGUUCCGGGAGGCUGUGAAAGCAGCCUCUGAUGAGUUAAGCAAGACUAUAUCCCCAAUGGUAAUGGAUGCGAAAGCUGUGGCAGGAAAUAUCUCUGAUCCUGGUUUGCAGAAGAGUUUCUUGGACUCUGGAUACAGAAUUCUGGGAGCUGUGGCCAAAGUCAGAGAAGCCUUCCAGCCUCAGGAGCCAGAUUUUCCCCCUCCUCCUGACCUCGAGCACCUUCGUCUGACAGAUGAACUUGCUCCUCCCAAACCACCACUUCCAGAAGGUGAGGUUCCCCCACCCAGACCACCACCGCCUGAAGAAAAGGAUGAAGAGUUCCCCGAGCAGAAAGCAGGAGAAGCAAUAAACCAGCCCAUGAUGAUGGCUGCUAGGCAGUUGCACGAUGAAGCCCGGAAAUGGUCAAGCAAGCCUGAUGUGACUGUGAUUAACGAAGCGGCUGAGGCUGGUGUAGAUGUAGAUGAGGAGGAUGAUGCAGAUGUUGAAUUUCCUCUCCCCUCUGACAUUGAAGAUGAUUACGAGCCUGAGCUGCUGUUAAUGCCAACCAAUCAGCCUGUUAACCAGCCCAUUCUGGCUGCCGCUCAGUCUCUGCAUCGGGAAGCAACCAAGUGGUCUAGUAAGGGCAACGAUAUCAUCGCUGCUGCCAAACGGAUGGCGCUGCUCAUGGCUGAGAUGUCGCGCUUGGUGAGAGGAGGCAGCGGCAACAAGCGUGCCCUUAUCCAGUGCGCAAAGGACAUUGCGAAGGCAUCAGAUGAAGUCACUCGGCUGGCCAAGGAGGUGGCGAAGCAGUGUACGGACAAGCGCAUCAGAACAAACCUCUUGCAGGUCUGUGAGCGAAUCCCAACCAUCAGCACGCAACUCAAAAUUCUUUCCACUGUCAAAGCUACCAUGCUGGGCAGAACCAAUAUCAGUGAUGAAGAGUCAGAACAGGCAACUGAGAUGCUGGUUCAUAAUGCACAGAACCUCAUGCAGUCUGUGAAGGAAACCGUGAGAGAAGCUGAGGCAGCGUCCAUUAAGAUAAGAACAGAUGCUGGAUUCACUCUUCGCUGGGUCAGAAAGACCCCAUGGUAUCAGUAAAUGCCACAUAAGCAUUGGGUUUUGUAACAUAAAAUGCCUUUCCUUGGAAACAGAAGAGCUGAACAGCAGAAGGUGCUGCACACAUGAGCUCAAGAUGAGCUUAUGCAAAUGCCCCAUUCUAAGGGUAUGGAUUACAAGAGAAUGCAUUUCAAAUAUCUUUGGAGUGCACUUGAUAUCGAGCACCUCCAUAUUGCUUCCGACUGUAAACAGUUCUUAUCCUUUAUUUUUUCCUUUUGAAGAUUCCCUUCAUGAAUCCUUUACUCCCAGAAGCACAUUUCAUUUAUGCACUGCAUAGCCCAGUAGUUUUCAUGUGAUGGUAUAAAAUGUGGACCUCACUGUAAGCUUGUGUUGAGUUUAGGACACUAUUGGUUACCAGGCAGGUUUUAAAGGACAAUCAUUGAUACAGAAAUACUCCUCCACAGGAUUUUAGCUGUCCCUAAACCAUGCAGAAAUUAUGGAAAGUGGGGGGCUAAUUAAAAGGGGGGGCAGAAGAACAGUUUUGAAUUGAUGAUGAGAAUUCCAUGUCUGAAAUUAUAUUUGGUUGGGGUUUUUUUUGCCUGGUAAGAACACUUCAACAAAACUGGAGCAGUCUGUGCCCCCUCCUCCCCGCUGGAGCUAUUCCAGACCACUCGAACUGUACUGAAAGCGCUUUGCCAUCAGUGUUAGUGGCACGCUGACCGUGUGAGCCUUACGGCUGGAGACCUUAAAUCAUGGAACACUCUCCUUGCUCAACUCAGUGAUGUAUUGAGCUGAAACUCCUGGUUCUCUCAGGCUACUGCAUGUCCAGGAGCAGAACAUGCCCCAUGCUGGCACUUUCCUUCUGAAAGCUAGAGUUCAUGUAAUUAUUAUUAUUUCCCUCUUUCCUCCACCUAAUUUUAUCCCAGGCACUCAAGGUGGAAAUGAAAAGAUAAAGGACAUUGAAUUUAAAAAGACCUUUUGCCCCACUGCCCGUUUCCCGCAAUGCAUAAGCAGUUUAAAACCUGAGUGCUGCAGGGACACAAAGCCCUUUCUAGGCAGCAUGGCCAGCAGCAAUUGGUGCUUCCUCAUGCUGAACAAGCUGGGAUGCUCUUACUGGUUUUGACAUUUGGAGUUUGGGGGCUCAAAGUCUUUUUUUCAGGUUCUAGAAACAGCAAAUUGAGCAAAGUGUUACAGUAUCUUUAAAAAACCCAAACAAAACAAUAAUAAAACCCCACAAAAUUCUCUCCUCUCUUGCUAAAGUAGACUUGGGAUGCUUUUACUGUUCCGUGAUCAAAGGUGCCUUCAUAGAUCCAUACACACAUCCAUUUCAUUACUCUGUAGUGUCCUUCGGCAUUUGGCAGGAAGAAUUGUAGUUUCAGAGUGAGUGUAUGUUUGCAAGGAACACCUACUGUGCCCAGGUCUGUGCUGACCUCCCAAUGCCCUCUGAGUGUGCCGAGAAUGGUUGCACGCUCCAACCCCUUUGAACAGAAGUGCCCUUGGGGCAGAACUGCGCAGCUGGACUCCCCCCUCCAUUGCACUGUUAUCAAAAAGGGAAGUUAAACUGAUUGUAACAUGUCUGCCUCAAACUGACCUUAGCAAGAGAGAGCACACAGCCAUCUAACUCUCUCCUCGUGUCUGGGUGUGAUGAAAUACGUGGUACUUGGGAUCUUUCCAUAGCGUUCCUUUCCUAGGAUGGGAAGGGACAGGAAGGGGCGCCAGAGCCUUAACCCGAAAGUCUUGUGUUUUGUUGGUUUAUACCAGAUCUCUAACCUAAUUGUAAUGUAGUGAUUUCUAUUUAAUAGUAAAUAACACUGAAUAGGCGGGGUUAUUUUUAAGGGAUUUUCUAAGUAGUCUUCCUGUAUCCCCUUCCAGUGCCCCUCAUGGCCCAUCUUCCCCCAAUUCAGGCUUCUCUCAGAGUUGUUUUUUUUUUUUUUGUAUCACUGUUUAGUUGCUUGACUGAUAUUAAUGCAAUAUUACUAAUGCCUUUAAUACGCAAUCGUUUAUGCCAAAGAUCACUUUUUGUUGAUUUGAGGAAUGGUUGCAGGAACGUGAUGACUCCUGGUUGCCUUUGCCGUUCUUCCAGAAUGUUUGCUCUGAGUUCUGGAACUGUUUUGCAGCUGCUGAGACACUUGCCCACCAUAUGCAGUCACUGCUUUGUGAACACUAUUGUUCUUCAGGCCUGAAGUGCAGCAGAAAUUCAAAUCAGACCGUGAAUGUCACUGAGAAAUGUUUUACCACUAUAAAACUUUGUUUAUAAACCAAAAUAUAUUGUAUAGUCUAAUGUUUUCAGCCUUCCUUUGGUUCUGUUAAAACAAUAAAAAUGCAUUUGUACAAAUGUCUGCUGAUGACUGUGGAUACUACUGGAGCGGUGGCUGAGCAAACAGGUAAAGCAGGAAUACAAAAUCCAAGGAACAGUUGUUUCUGCAUAUUCUGAACAG